CCUUGGGAUCUGAGUAUGGAACCCCCAGGCCCCCAGAAGCGGCCGCUGGGCGGCGCCGCCGAGGUCCAGAUGUGCCAAGCUAUCUUCCCUUCCCACGCCAACCACCGUGGGGAGCUGAGCGCCGGCCAGCUGCUCAAGUGGAUUGACACCACCGCCUGCCUGGCAGCUGAAAAACAUGCUGGAGUCUCCUGUGUCACAGCAUCAAUGGAUGACAUACAGUUUGAAGAGACAGCCAGGGUUGGACAGAUCAUCAAUAUCAAGGCUAAAGUCAUCAGAGCAUUCAACACUAGCAUGGAGGUUGGCAUUAAAGUCAUAGUACAAGACACAUUUACUAGAACUCAGAAACUCAUUAGUGUGGCAUUUUCUACGUUUGUAGCUAAACCAGUUGGAGAAGAAAAGGUUCAUCUAAAGCCAGUGACCCUCCUGACAGAACAAGAUCAAGUGGAGCAUGAUCUGGCUUCGGAGAGAAGGAAAGUCAGACUCCAGCAGGAGGACACCUUCCAAAGCCUGAUGAAGGACAGCAGCAAGUUUGAUGAUGUCAUCUGUGAUAGAGAGGAUGAUACGGUUUCAACUGGUGAUACCUGGGUACAGAGCAUUGAACUUGUCCUUCCACCCCAUGCAAACCAUCAUGGAAAUACAUUUGGGGGCCAGAUUAUGGCUUGGAUGGAAACAGUGGCUAACAUUUCAGCAAGCCGCCUCUGUGGCUCACAUCCCAUUCUAAAGUCGGUGGAUAUGUUUAAAUUUUGGGGACCAUCUACUGUUGGUGAUCACCUUGUCUCCAAUGCCAUUGUGAACAAUACUUUUCAGAACUGGGUUGAAGUCGGGGUUCGUGUUGAGGCCUACAACUGUGAUGAAUGGUCCAAAGGCCAAGGCCGGCACAUCAACAGUGCUUUUCUCAUUUAUUAUGCUGUUGAUGAUAAUGAAGAACUCAUCAUGUUCCCCAGAGUCAAGCCUAUUUCAAAGGAUGAUGUUAGAAGGUAUCAUGGGGCUAUUGUACGUAAGAGAAUACGACUUGGCAGGAAAUAUGUUAUUCCUCACAAAGAAGAUAUUCCACUUUGUGUUCACUGGGAUGCAAGCAACCAGGCAUACUUGAGUCACAGCAAUGUGGAUGCUCUCAAAGCCCUGGCAGCCAAAAGUGGUUGGGAAGUCACCAGUGCUAUGGGAAAGGUCAAAAUGCAUACCUUGGAGGAGAGGGAUGUUUUGUCAGUCUGGGUAGAAAUGCAAGUGGAGAAACCGACUAAAUUGGUUUUUGGCUCCCUAUCUGACUUCACGAUGCGGCCUCAGUGGGACCCCCAUUACUUGUCUUGUGAGGUCAUAGACUGGGUGAGCAAUGAUGACACAAUAUAUCAUAUCACCUGUCCAAAAGUGAGUAGCAGCAAACCCAUAGAUCUGGUUGUCCUUGUAUCACGAAAAAGACCUGCUAAAGAUAGUAACACUUAUGUAGUAGCAAUGAAGUCCAUCACCCUGGCAUCUGUCCCACCUUCUCCGCAGUACACCAGAAGUGAGGUCGCAAGUGCAGGAUUCCUGAUACAGGCUGUGGACAGCAGCUCCUGCACGGUAUCAUACCUGAAUCAAAUUUCUUCUAGCACCCUACCUUAUUUUGCUGGAGAUAUUGGUGGCUGGUCAAGCACCAUUGAGGAAACAGCUACUUCAUGUAUCCAGUUCAUAGAAGAAGCAACUAAUGACAGAUUUAUCAACAAAUAAUAUUUUAAAUAGUCCAGCUCUUA